GAGCCGACGUCAUUAUCUUACCCAAGCGUUGUCUCGUAAACAUCGCCCAUCAACCUCACAGCGGAACGCGCAUUCACGUUCAGCUGCACUCCAAAGACUUCCAUACUAUCAUAUUGGUUCUUAUCACAAAUAAUGUAAUGCAAUAACAAGUUCACCCAUCAAAAUGGACACUAUGAUUCGUAAGCCGAUUGCGAUCGCGACUUCGAAACCGGCGCGUAAAACAUACCUUAAUACUAUAUUAUUCCUUUCGACGUCGCUUGUGUUGUUUGGGUUUGCUGUGGUAGCUUAUGCGGGCUUUUAUUGGAGCUGGGUGCCAGCACUUGGGGUGGAAAGGAGGGUUUGGUUACAAUUUGCACCAGGCCAGCACCCGCAUGGCAUCGUACCCCUCGAUAAUUCCCUUGUAACACGUCAAGAAUACGAUGUUCAGUUGGAACUACACAUGCCACGUUCUCCUCUCAAUUUGAAAGCCGGAAACUUUAUGAUCCACGUUAAUUUCCUGGGAUCUAAUUACAAAACCCCUAGCUUGAUACCAGGCGUCGAACACCUACUACCUCUAUCAAGAAUCACUAAGAAUGAAGAUGUACUCUUCUCGUCUCGGCGACCUACGAUUCUGACAUACGAGAGUGAAUUGGUAUCUGGAUUGGGAAAGUUGGUAAAUGCACCACUGUAUGUGCUUGGGUGGAAAAGAGAAGACGAGAAAAUUACCGUAGAAAUGGCGGAAGGUGUUCGUUUUCCAAGGGGAAACAAGAACGUGCCAAGUGCAGUGGAAGUGGUCAUUGAGAAAGACUCGGGUGAAGUACAAAUAUAUGGAUGCAGAAUACUUAUGAGAGCGAAGUUAAGUGGACUGCGGUGGUGGAUGUGGAAUUGGAGAAUUAGCAGUGCGAUCGUCGGGGUGGGCGCAUUUUGGGGGGCGGAGAUGCUAGGGUGUAUUUUCGGGUGGGCAAUCUUGAAGUUAUGUUUUGGAGAGAGGGAGAAAGAGAGGGUUGGAAAGGGACAAGAGAUCGAAAAGAGUGAAGAUGCAAUCAAAGAAGAGGCAACAGAUGAUGAGCCAGAUCUUUCGGAUACCCCGAGAACAUUUCCGACGGUAAGGGGUCAAAUGCCAUUGAUAUAUCCACCAGUAGGCAUCAAGAAAGAAGAAGACGAGGAAGACAAGAUAUUGGAAGAAGCGGUAAUUCUGCCGCUCGGAGGCGAUGCAGACGAUGAAGAUGAUGACGGAGAAGGGAGUUGGCAAGCUGGUAGGAGAAGUGAUUCUGGCCUGGGCACCAGUUUUAGUGAAGGUGGUUCUAGAAGCACGGCCCGGAUCAGUCGAAGGAGAAGUAGAGGUGGCCCGGCGAAUGGAUUGUGAGAUUGGUCAUAGGGUCGGCGUAAUGGGCUGGAUAAAUGAAAUGGUGAUACCCUCAAUUGUACCAUUUUAUUGAUUGUUAGCCGGUAGGGAGAACUGGAGUUUUAGGCAGGUUCGAGAUUUUAAUUCACCUUUAACGUUAGUUUAUCUAAAUUUCUAAUGGGAAAUAUUGCAAAUGUUGGCGUUCACAACGUUACCACUUGAGCAAAUUAAGUCUCA